AUGGGGUUCAAAGCUCUCUGUUUGGGGCUGUUGUUUGUUCUUUUUGUUUCUUACAUUUAUAAACCCAUACCAGAAAAUGUUGAAGAAAGUUGGAAAGUAUUGGCUUUGGAUGUACCUCUUAAAAUUUUAUCAUUGAUGGCCAUAUAUUUUGAAAAGUUGGGGAUUAUAAAUUAUGCAGAGUUUAUAUCUAUAAUAGCCAAACUGGAUUAUACUCAACCACAUUCAGAUGAAUACCUCACAGUGACUGAUAUGGCAUUUGCUGACAUUCCAGUACGCUUGUACUUGCCAAAGAGAAAGUCAGAAAUCCCAAGACGAGCUGUAAUCUAUGUUCAUGGUGGUGCUUUUUGUUUCGGAAGUUUUAAGAUGAGAAUUUAUGACUCCAUGAACAGAUGGACUGCAAACAAACUUGAUGCUGUUGUUGUAAGCGUGGACUAUGGACUAGCUCCUAAACACAAGUUUCCUGUUGCGUUUGAAGAUGUCCUUACUGCAGUCAAGUUUUUUCUUCAGGAUAAAAUUCUUACAAAAUAUGGAGUGGAUCCCACCCGAAUUGGUGUUGCAGGAGACAGUUCUGGCUGUGCUUUAUUAGCAGCAGUGACUCAACAGAUACAGAAUGAUCCUGAAAUAAAACAUAAAAUCAAAGCACAAGUUUUCAUUUACCCAGUCUUACAGAUAAUUGAUAGCUUUCUACCAUCUUACCGAGAAUAUGAGCAUGGUAUAUUUCUGACAAGGGACAGAGCCGUAAAACUUGUGAGUUUAUAUGUAUUCGGGAAUGAUGAAGCAUUUUACCAGGCCAUAAAGAGAAACCAAUACAUGCCUCUGGAGUCAAAACAUCUGUUUAAGUUUGUUAACUGGAGUAUUCUUCUGCCUGAGAAAUAUAGAAAGAACCAUGUUUAUACUGAACCAAUUCUUGGAAGACCAGGCUAUUCAUUUCCAGCACUUAUGGAUAACAGAGCAUCACCCUUGUUGGCCAAUGAUUCCCAGUUAAAGAAUUUGCCACUCACCUAUAUUCUUACUUGUGAAUAUGAUAUCUUAAGAGAUGAUGGACUCAUGUUUGUUUCAAGACUUCGAAAUGUUGGAGUUCCAGUUACUCAUGAUCAUGUUGAGAAUGGAUUUCAUGCAGCUUUGUUAUUCAUGAUGCCACCAUUUUAUUUACGUCUAGGUUUUAGGAUAAGAGAUAUGUAUAAUAGUUGGCUGGAUAAGAAUUUAUAA